AUGGCUGGCUCCAUAGAAGAAGACCUGUCUCCGCUAAUAGAACACUCGCAUUCAUCUCCUGAUCAUCAAUCUCACAUCGUCACACAUAGAACUGGAACGAUAUGGACGGCGAUAGCUCAUAUAAUAACCGGAGUGAUGGGAGCAGGAGUGUUGUCGUUGGGAUGGAGCUUGGCGCAACUCGGAUGGUUGUUUGGUACUCUUGCAAUCUUAGUUUUCGCGUUGGUUACCGGAGUUUCAACCUCCAUUCUCUCCGAUUGCUACAGAUCUCCGGACUCCGAGUUAGGUCCUGAUAGGCAUACUUCCUUUCUUCAAGCUGUUAGAUUCUAUUUAGGGGAGAGGAAUCAGAAGAUAUGUGCCGUGUUCUUCAACGAGAGCUUAUUUGGGAAUGAUAUUGCUUACACCAUUGCAACUGCUACCAGCAUCAGGGCAAUACUGAAAUCGAAUUGUUAUCACGAACAAGGGCAUGAUGCAGCAUGUAAAUAUCCAGACAGCAUUUAUAUGCUUCUGUUUGGACUAGUGCAGAUCGUCAUGUCUCAGAUACCAAAUUUCCAUAACAUGGCUUGGCUCUCUGUUGUUGCUGCCAUGAUGUCGAUUGCUUACUCUACCGUCGGUUUGGGGCUUGGUUUGGCAAAAGUUAUCGAAAAUGGGGAGAUUAAGGGGAGAAUAGGAGGAGUCCCAUCAGCUUCUGCAGCUUAUAAAACAUGGCUAGUUUUUCAGGGUCUUGGAGACAUAGCUUUUGCUUAUCCAUACUCAAUGAUACUCCUAGAAAUUCAGGAUACCUUGCAAUCACCACCAUCUGAAACUGUAACAAUGAAAAAAGCCUCAAAGUCUGCAAUCAUCAUCACCACCGUCUUCUAUCUAUGUUGCGGAGGCUUCGGGUAUGCAGCCUUUGGGAACAUGACACCCGGGAAUCUCUUGACUGGAUUUGGGUUCUACGAGCCCUAUUGGCUCGUCGAUUUUGCCAAUGCGUGUGUCGUUCUACAUCUUGUUGGCGGAUAUCAGAUCUUCAGCCAACCGAUAUUUGCAUUUGUGGAAAGAUGGUUUUCCGAGAGGCACCCAGAUAGUCGAUUUGUGAACGAGUUCUACACAUUGAACCUGCCUUCACUGCCGGCAUUUCAAGUGAAUCUCUUCAGGCUAUGUUUCAGGUCGCUAUACGUUGUGACCACGACUGCAAUCGCAAUGCUGUUUCCGUAUUUCAACCAAGUGUUGGGAGUGUUGGGAGCCUUAAGCUUUUGGCCACUGACCAUAUAUUUCCCGGUCGAGAUGUAUUUCGUGCAAAGAAACAUCGCACCUUGGACACGAAAGUGGGUUGCUCUUCGAUCCUUCAGCAUCGCUUGCUUUCUUGUAUCGGCUUUGGCAUUCAUCGGAUCACUCGAAGGACUCGUAUCGGCUAGAUUCCAGUAA